AAAAAUCGGAAAUUUCUUCUCUCCACAUUCUUCAUAUCGCCACCACCCCACCCCUCGUCGCGACCCGUCGAUCGGCCGGUGAGCUUCGGAGCCGCAGCAGAGCCUGAGCCGCCGCCGGAUCGAGAUUCGAAUCACCGCGGUGCGCGCGCCCGAGAGCGUGUGGACGGAGCGAGCAUGGCGCAGAUGAAGUACCUGAUCGAGGUGGAGAAGGGGAAGGAGGCCCGGGACGGGCGGCCGUCGGUCGGCCCCGUGUACCGGAGCGCCUUCGCCAGGGACGGCUUCCCCCCGCCGGUCCCCGGGCUGGAGAGCUGCUGGGACGUCUUCCGGAUGACUGUCGAGAAAUAUCCUAAUAACCAUAUGCUCGGUCGACGUGAGAUCGUGCGUGGAAAGGCUGGAGAAUAUGUAUGGCAAACGUACAAAGAAGUACACGAUAUAGUGAUCAGAGUUGGAAAUGCUAUCCGGAGCUGUGGUGUUGAACCGAGAGAGAAAUGUGGAAUUUAUGGUGCCAACUGCCCAGAGUGGAUUAUGAGCAUGGAGGCGUGCAAUGCUCAUGGGCUCUAUUGCGUUCCUUUAUAUGACACGUUAGGUGCUGGUGCUGUUGAAUUCAUUAUAUGUCAUGCUGAGGUUUCAAUUGCUUUCAUAGAGGAGAAAAAGAUUGCUGAGGUACUGAAAACAUUUCCACGCACAACGGAGUUCUUGAAAACACUCGUGAGCUUUGGAAAGGUAACCCCUGAACAAAGGGAGGAAGUUGAGAAGUUUGGUUUGGCUAUAUAUGCUUGGGACGAUUUUUUGAAACUGGGAGAUAAUCAGCAGUUUGAACUUCCUGCCAAAGAGAAAACAGAUAUAUGUACGAUCAUGUACACUAGUGGAACAACCGGUGAUCCGAAAGGUGUAAUGAUUUCUAAUGAGAGCAUCGUCACUCUUAUAGCUGGAGUGAAGCGUCUGCUAGAGAGUGUCAAUGAAAAGCUCCACCAUAAGGAUGUGUAUAUGUCAUAUCUUCCACUGGCCCACAUCUUUGAUAGGGUGAUUGAGGAGUGUUUUAUACAUCAUGGUGCUUCAAUUGGAUUUUGGCGUGGGGAUGUUAAGUUGUUGAUUGAGGACAUUGGGGAAUUAAAACCAACUAUUUUCUGCGCUGUACCCCGCGUGUUAGAUAGAGUAUACUCAGGGUUGACUCAGAAGAUCUCUGCUGGAGGUUUCUUAAGACAUAAAUUGUUCGACUUUGCAUACUCAUACAAGUUAUAUAACUUGAAGAGGGGGAACAAAUAUGAAGAGGCAGCGCCUUUAUUUGACAAAUUUGUCUUCAGUAAGGUAAAGCAAGGGCUGGGUGGAAAUGUACGACUGAUUCUAUCAGGGGCAGCCCCUCUAUCUAACCACGUAGAAGCUUUCCUUAGGGUGGUUACAUGUGCACACGUUCUACAAGGAUAUGGUCUGACCGAAACCUGUGCUGGCACAUUUGUUUCACUACCAAAUGAGCACUCAAUGCUUGGCACAGUGGGCCCUCCGGUGCCUAAUGUUGAUGUCUGCUUGGAAUCUGUUCCUGAAAUGGGAUAUGAUGCCCUCUCAAGCACCCCGCGAGGAGAAGUAUUGGUGAAGGGAAAGACCUUAUUCAGUGGUUAUUAUAAACGAGAAGAUCUGAUUAGAGAAGUUAUGGUUGAUGGAUGGUUUCAUACAGGGGAUGUUGGCGAGUGGCAACCAGACGGAAGCUUGAAAAUAAUUGACCGCAAGAAAAAUAUUUUUAAGCUUUCACAAGGAGAAUAUGUAGCUGUUGAAAACCUGGAGAACAUUUAUGGCCUCGUUAGUGCUAUUGAUUCGAUAUGGAUUUAUGGUAACAGCUUUGAGUCCUUCCUUGUUGCCGUGGUUAAUCCCAACAAAGAAGCUCUUGAAAAGUGGGCUCGGGAGAAUGGAGUUAGCGGGGAUUUCAAUUCUCUAUGCGAAAAUCCCAGAGCAAAGGAGUUCAUCAUAGGAGAGCUCUCAAAGACUGGGAAAGAAAAGAAGCUGAAGGGAUUUGAGUUUAUUAAGGCGGUACACCUUGAUCCUGUACCAUUCGAUAUGGACCGUGAUCUUCUCACUCCUACAUAUAAGAAGAAGAGGCCCCAAUUGCAAAAAUACUAUCAGGGUGUCAUUGAUAACAUGUACAAAAGUGUAAACAAGCCGAGUGCCUGAAGUGUCCUCAUCUGCAUCCAUGGCUGUUUAACCUGUACAAGAGUGCAAAUAAGCCGAGUGACAGAAGUGUCGUCCGCCUUCAUGGCUGUUUCAAAAGCAUUCAUUUCCGAGACUGUACAUAUGUUUAUUUAAACAGCUGAUAUGUUUCCAGAUAGAUCGUUUACUCAGCUGGUUUCUACAGACUAGUGCAUGAAUCACGCAUUUUAGUUAUAUUGUUUACACAAUACCAUUACACAGAAGUGAUGCUUUAGAACUCAUGCAACUCCACAGGCCAUUGUACUGCUGUAUUCACUAUUUUGAAUUAUUGAUUGUGUUUCCGUA